AUGAAGGGAUAUACGGGAUAUUAUGGCUGUGAUUAUUGUACACAAAAGUGUGUGCACAUCGGCACACGUAUAACUUUUCCCUCGUUGACAGCUCCCUUGCGUCGUGGCCAUGAUUUCCGGACCAGAAAGCAAGAGAAACACCAUAUAGGUCCAAGUCCGCUGGAGGAGUUAAAUCUUCCCAUGAUUGACGUGCGUCUUGGUUUGGUGCGGAAAUUUCUCAUCUUACUCAGAGCUAUGCCAAUGGAACACAAGGCCAGGCUUUAUUUGGAGUCCUGGAAUCUGCUGAAUGAUAACAGUGAGCAACAGAGUUUGGCUCUGAGUAUUGAUUUGCCCCGAAAAUGUAGAGGUGUCGUAGACCUGGAUCGGUGGAAGGCAGCUGAGCUACGACAGUUUCUUCUGUACAUAGAACCCGUUGUAUUACGAGAUAUCUUACAUUCUGACGUUUACGAAUGUUUCAUGUAUUUUUCGGCCGUUCACCUUUUUUCACAACAUUUUGCUGAUUUUUUAAUUGAUGUUUCCAAGGUUGCUGUGUCAAAAUUUGCUGCUAUUUUCGGUCCCAGCCAUUUAGUGUACAACAUACACCUCUUCUCCCAUUUAUUUAAUUUCGCCAAGCUUUAUGGUUGCUUGGAUCGUUUUUCCUCUUUUCCCUAUGAAUCUGAGCUGAGUCAUUUGAAGCGUUACAUAUAUGGGCCAAAACAUCCGGCUGCUGAGCUUUACCGCCGACUGUCCGAGCGUGUGGGAUUGGAUGCUGUCGAAAGGAAGGUAUUUUUCGAUGAUGUUGGUUUACGACUGAGACAAUCAGCCACUGCCGGAUGUCACAGGUUUUUUCAUAAGGAUGUCGUUUUUUCGAAAAUCUUUCCCGACAACUGCAUUUUGCUUGAUGGCCAACCAGCUGUCAUUGUAGAUUUUUCUGGAGAUACUAUUGAGUACCAGAAAUUCAAAACUGCCCUCUCGUUUUGCACUCACGUAUUGAUAUCGACGGAAGAUUUAGUUUUUCAAUGCUCCUACUUGCAACACACUCGGCUGUUUGCAUCAGUCGACCAAAUAUCUUGUAAAUGCUGA